CCGCGAAUGAGUCGCUAGUUGGAUUUCAGAACAUCGAACGGGCGGGCGUGUGUAGGAUGGAGCGCUAACAACACCAAGCAGUUUUUUUCAUUCCGCCUUCUAGCAGUGUUUGUUUAUUACCUUCCGGCACACUUUCCGUAAAUCCUUCUCGACCGUGGUGCUUUAUAAUUUUUGAUUUCGGCGUUUUAUUUCCUAUCUUGUCCUAAAACGCCUUUCCGAUUUCACGUCGAGAAGGCGGCCGCACAACUUUGAAAGCGGCUUCAAGAGUAGAAUAUCUACUCGGAACAUCUCAGUAUCAGCGCAUCAAGCAAUCAUCAGAAUGGUGAAGAAGAUUUCAGAAGAGAGUGUAGAUAGCGGUGUGGGCCGCUGCAGCAGCCAAUCUGGCAGCGAGCGCGAGUCGGAUGAGAGUCCGCGCGGGCAAGAGCCGUCGGCACCCGUGCCCAUCCCCGACAGUGAAGAGCUGCAGCGACGCAAGGAGGAGGCGCGCAGGAAGCGCCGCAGGAAGAAGCGAUCUGGCAGCUCCGUCGUCACAUCUUGUUUCCAAGAUCUGUACAAGUUAACGGGCGAGGUUCUCGGCGAAGGCGCGUACGCUUCGGUCCAGACUUGCGUGAAUAUCUACACGGAGCAGGAGUUCGCAGUGAAGAUCAUCGACAAGGUGCCAGGCCACGCCCGUGCCCGGGUGUUCCGCGAGGUGGAGACCUUCCACUACUGCCAGGGACACCCCAAUAUAAUCCAGCUCAUUGAAUUCUUUGAGGACACAGACAAGUUCUACCUUGUCUUCGAGAAGAUCAACGGCGGGCAGCUCCUCUCCCGCAUUCAGGAGCACCACUAUUUCUCUGAACCCCAGGCUGCAGAGAUAGUGCGCGAGCUAGCGAACGCGCUACACUUCUUGCACGGCAAGGGUGUCGCGCACCGGGACCUGAAGCCCGAGAACAUUCUGUGCGUGCACCCGGACCGGCUGUGCCCCGUCAAGAUCUGCGACUUCGAUCUCGGCAGCGGCAUCAGCUUCACGUCCAGCCUCGCUAGCCCGCUUGCCACGCCGCAACUUAUGACACCAGUCGGUAGCGCAGAAUUCAUGGCGCCAGAAGUAGUGUCGCUGUUCGCGGGCUCGGCGGCGAACCACUACGACAAGCGGUGCGACCUGUGGUCGCUCGGCGUCAUCGCCUACAUUCUGCUGUGCGGCUACCCGCCGUUCCGUGCCGACUGCGGCGCGGACUGCGGUUGGGAGCGCGGCGAGAACUGUCGCGCUUGCCAGGAGCUACUCUUUACCUCUAUACAGGAGGGCCGGUACUCGUUCCCCGAGGAGGAGUGGUCCCACAUCUCGUCGGAGGCGAAGGACCUGAUCCGCGCGCUGCUGGUGCGCGAGGCGUCGCACCGGCUGAGCGCCGAGCGCGUGCUGCACCACCCCUGGCUGCGCCGCGCAGACCCGCUGGCGCGGGCGCGCUAUCCCGCGCUGCAGACGCCCAUCAAUAUCAAGCGUAACAUGUCGGCGCGCAACUUGUCGAACUUCGCGGAGUCGGCUAUGGCGGUGAACCGGGUGAUCCAGCAGCACUUCUCCAUGAACUACUCGUACAUGGAGCGCGCGUCGCCGGCGCUGCGCUGCAGCAAGUCGUGCUAUCCGCGCGCCGACGACGAGGACGCGGGGCUGGGGCUGUCGCCGCCCGCCGAGUCGUCGCUGCUGCGGCGCCGCCUGGCCGCGCCCGCCACGCCGCCGCUGCCGGUGCACUAGCCCCCCCCCACCCCACCCACCGACGAGCCGCGCACAUUCCGGCGUCCACAGACUGUGCCAAGGAAAUAUUCCACCAGUGAUAACGAAACCAUCCGAUCGCGACGCGUGAACGGUACUUAUAGAGCUGUAACGGUUUUAUUUGAGCCUUUUAAAGAUAUAUUUUUAUGAAUAAAAAAAAAACGACUGAAUAGUUUUAUCGAUAUGUAGAGUAUUUGUGAAUUUAUGUUGUGGCGCGCGCCGCCCGGACCCCGCGGGGUCGAUAAAAUCGUAUUAUAUUGAGAUAGUUGUGCCGAUCUACAUACUUUAUAUCGAUUACAGAUUUAUUAUUUUUGGAUUUAUGAAAUCCGCAAUUUAAAUUGAGCUUAUUUGUAUAAUCGCCUUUCGUUCGUGGCCUAUCCGUAUGCAAUAAAAUUUUGUUAUUUUCUAAUAAUGUUUUCGGAUAUGUACUAGUCUGUUAUGUGAUUGUUUUUGCAUUUUUUACCAACGAUGGAAAAACCACAUCUCAUUAAUUAAGAAUGAAUCAAACCUACUUGUAAGCGAGUUAAGGCAAUAUGUGACAUUUUUCUGAGAGGUGCAAGUGUAAUAUGUAGAUGCGCAUAAUUCUGAAUUGUAGUAUGUACAUGAGUAUGCUUCUUUACAAUAACCAACGCCGGCGAAGGGGCACUGGCCAUCUGAUGAACGAAAUGUCAUAUAUUUCUGUGGAGCUGUGUUGGUUAAGUGUUGCAUGGGGUUCCAUGGAACUGCCAUAACAUUGUGAUCAGUUUGAAUACUUUUAUAUUGCUGAGAGUGAAGUGUUGAAGUAAUGUUAAGAGUAGACCUGCUAGACUGUAACCUGCGUACGCGUUGAUUGGACAAAGGCGGAGCCACUUUCGGCCGAGAAAAACAGCAUAUAAUUUUUAAAUUUUCGAAAAUGAAAUUUUCUAUUUAGUUCACAUAAAUUUUAUAUAUAUUUUUCCUUCGUGUAAUUCUGGCGGCUUUAUCCAAUCAAUCCUUAACUUUACUUACGCAGUACUUUGUUAAAAUUUUGUUUUCGACUAAAUCAUUGAUUUGAAAUGUCAUUGAAAUACAGAUGUUUGAAUUUUUACAA